AUGUUAAUUCCAAAGCUUGAGGUUCUAGAUGAAAUCCCCACAAACAAUUUUUUCAUAACCCCUCAACAUUCACCCGCCCGUGAAAUUCAACAGCUUAAUCAUCAUCAGCAACAACAAAUGUUUACUACUACUUCUAAUAACAACAAUUACAAUAAUUAUAAUUCAGCUUUUGCCGAUGUUUAUAAUCAAAAGCAACCACACACUACCAACAAUAAUGGCUUUUCAUAUUCUCAAGAUAUUGUCAAUUUUACUCAGAAUAAUACAAAUUAUGCAGAUAUUAUGAAUGGACUUGAUAAUAAUAUUGAGAAAAAUCUUCAUUCUACUGCAACUGAAUGUCCCUCAAAUCAAAUACAAGAUAUUAUUGAUAAAAGGUAA